ACAUCCUGAAAAUGAAAUAACAUAAUGAAAUGAUAUAGCCUCCAACGUGCAACCCAGACGGGCCCUCCCCGGUGACCCAAACAUGUUGUGUAAUGAGCAAUAUUUUAGCCUUGAGUGAUACCUGACCUAAGAUUUGAUCACGAGUCAGAAAUUUCAUGUCAGGGAACCAGACCAGUGUAUUCCUUGUUUCUGAGAGCAAAACCUUUUUCAUUUAAAUAACAAAGAUGGAAAAAUGGAUUUUUCCCCGCCCAUUGUAACAGCACAGAACCGUGGUGUGAGUGCGCGACGCACCAAACCUCAUACAAGUAUCAGUUUCAUGUGGCAGGGUCAGUCUUGAAAUAUCCACCUGUGUUCUACUCUGCACGUACAUGUACAUAACGUCACCAACAGAACGAAUCGAACGAUGGCCGACAUCGACAAGGCAAGAAUUGAAAGGGAAGUGGAAGAACGGAGGGUAGCUUGCAGAGUAAAUGAGUUCGCUACCCAAGAGGAGUUUCAGAAGAUGACGCAGGACAUGUAUGCGGAUUGGAUCAAGAACAACGGAUAUGAAAAGGAUAUGCUUGGUCUCGGAUUCAUCAGUCAUAUUGUGGUGGCGGACACAGCGUCAAAAUUUGUCCCUGUUAAAGACAGCCGACUGCUGGACUGUGCAUCCGGAACAGGCCUGCUGGGCGAACAGCUCAAGAAGCGAGGGUAUCAACACAUUGACGCUCUUGAUGCCUCUCAGGAGUGCCUGGACUUUAGCCGAGCAAAGCAGGCAUAUUCUGACUACUUCUGUGACUUUAUUGGGGAGAAUCGCCUGCCUUUUCAGGACGACACUUAUGAUGGGAUCUGCAUGAGUGCUGCAUUUGGAAACACCCAUGUUCGUCCGGACUGUUUUAGGGAGCUGCUUCGCAUCACGAAACCAGGGGGCUACAUAAUUUUCAACGUGCGUGAGGAAAAUUUCGUUCUUGACGAAUGUAUAAAAAAUGGAAAACUGGACGAUGUCAUUCACAAAUUGGCCGCCGAAGGAAUUGUUGCGUAUCUCGAGAAAAAGCGAUGUAUUUACAUGGAAUGCAAACACAACGACGUAGUUGAGUAUUGCUUCACGUUCGUCUUGAGGAAGAUGAAAGUUAGCGUGAAAUAAGUGGUAGAUCCAGCAUUUACAAAUAGAGAGGGCGCCCGACGGAAGUUACAAAAAAGGGAAGGCCUCCAUAAUGGAGGUGAAUCAAAACAUACAAUUGGGGCUUAUACUUGUAUUAAUAAUUGUUGCCUUGAAACUGAUUAAAUAACCAGGUUGACAACAAACAGAAAAGCCAGGUAAAAGCAGUGGCAGCUCAUUAAAAACAACAGAACGAUAACAACGACAAAAUAAAAAAUUGGCGGGGCGCCCCCCUGUGGAUCAGCUACUAGCGAUUACUAGUCAGCAGUUAGUUAGAAGAAGCUUAUUUUAAAAUAUUGUUUUAAUUCAGAAGUUGAAAACAAACAGUGAUGCUGACCAAUGAUACUAAAUGCAAAUUUGUUUUGAUAUUGAAACCAUAUUAUUUCAGAACAUAGCACCUUACCCUUUGAGGUACUAUUGUGUGGCACCUCUAUGAUCCAGCUGGUCUUUAGAAUUUAUAACUAUUAAUCAGUUGUAAACAAAUUUGCCCCAUCUAUGAGAGUCAAGGUUCUUGUUAUAUAACCAGCACGUCAGAAUCUUUGAGCGGCGAUUUACUUUUUAAAAAGGGUGAAUGAGAGAAACGAAGCUUGAGCAUACAUGGACAUCGUUUUUAGUCGGUCAAGAAAAUUUUGACAGCAUAUGCCAUCUCAAACGAUGUCUGUUAUGACGCCUGGUUAUCAGUUCUGCGAAUCCAGAGAUGACUAGGACAAGUGGCCACGGAAAAAAAAUCGCCGAAAGAUGGCCUUCUCAGAAUUUUAUUGGCCGUCGGCCAAAAAGUUCCCCCGAAAUAUGCACAAUCUAGUGACAAGUUUUUAAAAAUUUGGACAUCGUCACUUUAUGCCCCAGUGAUUGGACUGGUAAUAGUUCCCAGCACCUCCGAGCGGGUAAUGAAACCGGAGGAAUCCUGCCUGUUUUAUGUUAAUGGGGAAAAGAGACCUGCCUUGAUGCACACAUCAAAGCAGGAGUGGAUAGAAUAUUUUGCCUUUUCUUCUUCGCUACCAAAAAAUGACUUCACCAUUAAAAUUUCACACAAACAACCCACUGAUUUGAAAUAAAUUGUCACUCAAAAUGAUAUAUCAAUGAUAUUCAUUGAAAAAAACAUACUUGAUCAACAAAGGAUUAACAAGGAUAGCUGCUUAUGUAUUACUCGCCUUUCUGCUGAGACGCAAUUCAUGUUAAAGCAUUGCUAUUUGCCUAAAAAACUCAAAUAGGCCUAUUCAGCAUUUAACAUUUAACAGGGCUUAUCGCAUGCGUUAAACUGCAGCUAGCUACAGGUCCCUGAAUCCCUGUAUAACAGGGACGGAGACCCGUCCAAUCGCAGCGGGUAUUUUAAAGAUGUUAAUACAAGAUCACGGGACGCGUUGUCGAACAACAGCAAUAGAGAAAUAGUCUCAGGUGUUUAUGACUUUGGGUUAAUGGUGUUCCAUUUCUUCCAUCCCGCUCAUUUCCCCAAGAUGACCUUUUAAUACCUCGUCACUCUUCGCUUUCUUUCUGACUGAACACACUAACUUAUUGAAGAAACGAAAGGAAAUAAAUAUUUUAAUAAACUGAGAAGCGUUUAACAUUGUCAUCUAUAGCAACCCAAAUUGCAUCUUUGAAUAAUGAAAUGUGAAGAGACAUAUUUAUUGAGCAGGUAGCCCGGGUCCCAGUAAGUGCCCAGCUUCAGGCGUGAAAGGUGGAUUAAAUCACGGGGAAGAAACAAUAAUUUAUGUGCCUAAAAGUCCUAAUUUCAUAUGGAUCAAUUGUUGAAAUUGAUGGUUGAAUAUUUAUGAGGUGUAGUAAACAAAUACAGCAUGGUGUAUUUGGGAAAAUAGUUGGAAUUACUGGUCCCGAGGUGGAGGUGAGUUUGACUACCUCCGGACGCUCUUCUCACUGCUUGCCCUCACACCAUGCGGUAUUUGUAUUUUGCCACUUACAACGAUUGUUCACAUUAUCAAUUUUAUGAAUUUGGUGCUUAUGCCCGAUUAGACAUUUUUAACUGGAAAUUUUGCCCUCCAACUUCACAUUAAAUUUGUUAAUUAUUACUGUCUACGGAUGAGGCAAGAAGUUUAUCUUGGUAUUGUGGAGAAAUACUGGUUACUGAUAGGCAUUACCCCUACGGGUUUUUAUAAUAUUUACUCUCGAUUGUUAGAGCAGGGCUGCAAACUUGAAACUCUUUCAAUGUUAUGUUGACGAAAAAGUGGGCAACACCUACUAAAUGGUUGAUCGCCUAAUUUUAGUUUACUAUUCAUCAGCUAGAUAACAUUACCAUCUAUGCCAAAAACUGAAGCAAAAUCAAGGUUCAAAUCGAUGUAUGUAGUAAUCACGGGGAAUGCUCAGUGCACGGUUGUUGUAUUUGCCAUCAGAAAGGCAAACCACUAUGCCACACCUAAUGUUGCAAAAUUCAGUGUGUGCGAUGUUCACAGUGUAUGUGCAUUUAUGUUACAUUAAUUUUUGUGAUCGAUGUGGAUGUCAAAUAUGUACGUGCAAUACACUAUUAUGAUUAUAUCCCCCUCGAAAAAGUUGCCCCAAAGUAACAUUUAUGACUCCCAAAGAUGUCUGAUAUUUUGUUUUCCUUAUCAAAUUUAAGCUUAGUUUUAUUUGCUUUACUUAUAAAGAAAAAAUGUAUUUGAAGGUAAUCUUUACUUGACAAUUUCUAUUUAUGGCAGUUUACACUGUUAAUGUGAUUACUGAAUUCAUAUCCUACAUUAUCGCACAAUUGUUUGGGUUCUUCACUUCUUAGGAAUUUAUGCCUAGUUUUAAACUUGCUGAAAUUAUCGUAUAUUUUCAAAAUAUUGCAGUUUCAGAAAUUGUUCACAGAAAUCAACUUCAGUUUAACUGAUCCACAAAAAUAUGUAGUUGGUAACAAGGCGUUGGUCUUAUUUACAUGAACCACUUUGAACCAUUUUAUGAUCCUGUUUGUAUUUUUUUGAUGGAAAGAAAUAAAAGAGGUUUUAAUAUUACAAAACAAA